AUGGAUAAAAGUUUGUCUCAAAAUUUCUCGCUUAUUUGCGGGGAACUUUGCAAUCUUUUGUACGUAAAAGACUAUAAAAAGGCUGAUAUUAACUCCCUUAUUGACGAGCUUAAUACAAAACCUUUUAAAGCUGAGUUUUUUGUAAGAAAACAUGAUGGGAGCACCUUAGUAACAGCAUUGUGCCUUAAUAUAAAACCUGCGGACGAAUUUUUGGCGGCGAAAACUUCACAUUUGAUAAACUGUGUCUUAACAAAACAGAAUAUACAAUUUGAUAUAGAUUAUAUGUGGAAAGUGAUAUCAUGGCAUGUAAAAUGUUUGAAAAAAUGUUCUGACGUUAUAUUGCCUGAUAUUUUACAUAAUAUGCAGUGUAUAUUGCAGUCUAAUCCACAAGCAGGAUAUAAGUUUACAGAAGAACUAAUUGGCAGACAAGGACUUCUGAUGAACCUAAUAGAUACAGAUAGAAAUCAGAUUCUAAGUACACAGAAUCCCCUACAAAUACGGCUGAUUGCCUUGAAAUGUAUAAUUUGCUUACUUUCCAUAGAGGAAACAAAGUCAGAAGAAAUAAAUGUGCCUAUAGAUAUAAAGGAAUAUAUUUCCCAUGUUGUUGUUAAGUUUCUACUUAGGGGAUAUGUUAAGUCACAAGAUGAAUUCUUAUAUUGUAAGGCAGUAAUAUCAGCGCUAAGAAUUCUCUCCCAGCUCUACUUCAACAGUCAAAAUCUCAACAUAAAUCUACCAGAUGUAAUGGGUAUUUGCCGUCAUUUUGUUCUUUAUGGUUUGGUGAACCAGGGCCCUCAGCCUGAAAGGAUAAUGCCAGCUCAGCAAACUGUAGCAUCUAUGCCAGUUCCCAUUACUCAGAAUUCGAAAGGUGGAAAGAAACAAAAACUGAGAAAACAAAGAAACAAUGCAGUAGAAAGUUUAAAAAAAGAGAUUCCUGUAUCAGAUCGCAGCCUUAUGAAAGAUGUGGACAAAUUUGAAAACCAUUCUGCCUACAAACCUGCUAGUUCUAACUAUCUGGAGCCCCAGAAAGCAAAGACAUGGGCGUUGACGAGUGAUUCUGAUAUGUCCGAUAUGGAGAGUGGUAGGGAAGCAAAACUUAUUGCUUUGAGGUCGCGAGUGAGGCAGAGUGCUUCUAACUUACUCUUGGUAUUGGUGAAGGUCCGCGAAAAAAGAGAAAUAUUUGGCUACUGGUGGGCCUUAUUACCCGAUUCACCCGACGCCUCUAAAUGGUCAUUUGACGAGGCUGCUAAGAAGACAUUGGCUUACUGUGCAGUGACUGAUCCCAUUUCUAGCAGCCGAGCUUGUGUGUUGAGCGUGAUAUUGUCGCUAUUGUCUGGAUCGAGGAUGUAUUUGUCACAGGCUGAAACUAGUAAAAAAGAAAACGCCUCUUUCAUUUCUUUUUCUGUAUCACUCGGCUACGUGAUAACGUGCCUGCAUAAAGUUCUAGUCGGAAUACUCGACAGCGAGAGGAGCCAUGCGGUUAUCAUAGUCGCAUUGAAAUGUAGUGCCGCUUUGGUACAGGCUACUCCGUAUCAUAGGAUGAAAGAAGGGCUUAUUAGUGAGGUGGUGAGGUCUACGAGAAAGUUUUUGGUGCAUAGAGAUGUAACCUUACAAGUUGGUGCUUUAAUAACGAUGGGUUGUGUGUUAUCUGUGGACCCCAAAGUAGAGGAAAUAUUGAAAGUAAUUGAAAAAGACGCAGCAUCAUCAAAAACUCAAACAAGCAAUACAAACACGAAAAUAGAAAAUGAUGAAUGUGAUGAUUUCGAAGAAGGGUAUUCAGAUGAUGAAAUGUUCACUACCAGUGAUCAUCGGGGUAACAGUGAUGACGUUGUGUGUAAUAAUGAUGGACAAAUAUACGAUUUUAAAAGCUGGAUUUUAGAUAUUUGUUUCAAGAACAUGGGAUGGACCUUCAAAGGAGAUGAGGUUACGAGAAUCAAACCAUCGGCGAUCCCAAUAAUAUUGGAAUCAUUACAAGUACUCUCGGCAGUGGCAUUCCACCACUUGGCCGAUUUACUCCAACCACACCUCACAUUGCUGGCCGAUAUCCUCAGCGAGAUCCUGCAGCAUGAACAUCUGGAUGUGGUGCUGCAAGCCGCACGGUGUAUUAGUAUUAUUGGUGACGCUGUACAGAAGAUGGAACAAACAGACCAAUCGCCGCCUCUUGCCCACUGCGUGUACAUGUGGGAAAAGCUGCUGACGCCACUGUCGACUGUUCUGCAGAGCUGCGACAAUGCGCCUGCGAAAGCGGUUGUCUGCGACUGCAUUGCUAAUAUAGGCGAGAAGUCUUUUAAGGAACUGCCGAGACGUCAACAAGUGCUAUGUUGCACCUUGUUGAUGGGAUCCUGUAGUGACGAGGAAGCUGCAGUCAGAGCGGCCGCGGUAAGGGCUCUCGCCAUGGCUGUCACGUUUAAGACUUUGAGAGAGGACAUCUGUUUCGUGAGCGACUGCGGCGAGAACAUCCUGCGGGCACUUGCUGAGCAAACGCUGGUCGUGCGGACGAAAGCAGCGUGGGCUCUUGGCAAUCUCAGCGACGCGUUGGUCAUCAGCAUGCAUGACCCAGACUGCGACGACAUAGAUGAUGAUCUUUUGCUCCGCUUAAUGGAGGUCAGCAUACAGUGCGCCACCGAUAAUGAUAAGGUAAAAAUGAGCGCAACAAGAGGUCUAGGCAAUCUUCUUCGACUUAUUAACAACCAGAUCUUACUCCGGAAUCCACAAAUGAAGAUCUUAUGCGAGUCGGCGCUAGACAAACUUUUGGAUUGUGCAUGUAAAGUAACCAACAUGAAAGUGCGAUGGAAUGCAUGCCAUGCUUUAGGAAAUGCUAUGAAGAAUAAUAGUUUGUUUACAUGUUUUAAUGGAUGGCAGAGGCAAGUAUUUCCCAAUCUAUGCAUGCUAACUCAAGAAUGCAAGAAUCUCAAGGUUCGCAUCAACGCCGCUUCGGCCCUCCGAGCGCCCUCCACACGUGAACAGUACGGGGAUCAUUUUACAGUGGUCUGGCGGGGAAUCAUGGCUUCAAUGGAAAACGCUGCUAAUGUCGAUGACUUUUCCGAGUACAGACAUAAGGAUAAUCUUAUUGAACAGCUUUGCGUGACCUUAGCCCACAUGUGCUGUCGCCUCAAACCAUCAGACCUCACGGAUAUCCUCGACCCUGUAGUCUUUCACUUCGAAUGCGCCAAGACUCUCUUAACACAGCUUUAUCACAAGCUGCCUCCUGAAAAUCCGUCUUGUAUGGAAAUUCUGCAGGCAGCUAAAUACGUCACUAUGGAUUUGACAGCGAGUGGUGAUACGCAAACGCAGGCUUUGGGAAUGUUACAAGAGAUUUUCAUUUGGGAUUUGUGAAUGGAAUUACACGAGGAAAUGGAAUGUCACAAAAAUAUUAAUAGAAUUAAAAAUAUCAUUUCACUACUUGAGCCGAAUUGUGAAUUGUGGCCUAAACUCUCAUAGAGUCCCGAUCGUAGUGGAACGCGUACACGUAGAUACACGACAGUAGAAAAGGCAAGCAUGUACAAGUAGGUGCUUUUAUACUUGUAGUAGUAGAGCUUUUUGUGAAAGAGUUCGUCCAGGGAAAUACUGCCACCUGCCCUAUUUCUGCCGCCAAGCAGUAAUGCUCACGUUACUAUGCUCCGG